GUAUCAUCUUUCUUACACUCGCCUCCUGUGGAUCGUCAAGUGAAGAGCAGCCAUAAUGCAGUGUUGUGAUCUUCAAGGUAUUCUAAAUCUUCAAUCUUAUCCUCUAAACAAUCCUAACUCUACUCAUUACAAAGAUCUCAUCCAGAGACUGCGAGCCGAGCUACAAGCUAAUGGCAUCGUCCUGUUGCCGAAUUUUAUGACUAAGACGGGAAUAGAUUCCACUCUACGAAGUCUGCAAGACAAGAAAAUCGAGCCUUAUCGAAAGGAGGUCACUCAUAAUGUUUACUUAGAGGACCACGUUCGCAAGAACGAAGAGGAAUUUCCAAAUCAAAAUCACCCGAAAAGAUUCCACGUUCGUAGCUGUAAAACAUGCUACACUAACGAUCAAAUUGAUUCCAAGUCUCCGAUAAAUGUUCUCUUCUACGCCGACGAGAUGACGGACUUCAUUCGUGACGUUCUCGGUAAAGAGAAACUUUAUCGUACUGCUGAUCCUCUAGGAGCUUUGAAUGUACAUAUGUACAAGGAAGGAGACGAACUAGGCUGGCAUUUCGACCGGGGAGAGUUUGCUGUUACUUUACUUCUUCAAGCUCCUGAAUCUGGUGGCAAGUUUGAGUUCUAUCCUGAUUUAAGAAGCGAGCAGAAUUCAAACUACCCGAAGGUUCAAGAAAUUCUUCUUGCUGCGAGAGAGGGUCAGGAUGUCAGUAAACAUGGCGUCCAAGUGGCUGAUCAGUUGGAAGCUGGUACAUUAUCGAUAUUCUGCGGACACAACUCUUUGCACCGAGUGACAAAGAUCGUUGGUCAAAAACCAAGAUAUCUAGCGGUUCUCUCGUACGAAAACGAACCAAAUGUUCAUCUGAAUGAGUACACGAAAAUGAAGUUUUUUGGACGUAUUCAAUGAGAAAGCUGUUCUCAGCUAUUCAAAUUUCAACUAUGAACACAAUCACAACCUGCAGCUAUAAUUACAAUCAAGCGUAAAAACUGAAUAUUUCGUGAUUCUUAGGGUCUCUUUUUGCACUCAUUUUGCCUCCUAACUCAGACCACAGGCAGCCCAAUCUCUUGUUCUGUGGUGUUGUGGCCCAUGCGAAUAUUAACGGUAAUAUUUCAUAGCAUGUAAAAUUAGUACUUUAAGGAAUAAAAAUGAAUUACCUUGAUACCUUAAGUUGAUGUCUGGCAGAUUUUGAAGCCAGUUUCGGUGCGUUUUUACGGAGUCAGGGUAAGAAAUAUGAUCUUAACCCUUCGCAAACAAAAAA